UGUAAUACAUUUAGAACAAUUAAUACGACAAAAUAUUGUUUCUGGUCAACCGAAAACCCAAAAACCUUGGGAAAAAAUAUUUAUUGUAACUGAAGGCAUUUUUAGCAUGGAAGGAUCAAUUACAAAUCUUCCAGAUAUAAUUGCCAUUAAAAAAAAAUACAAAGUUUAUUUAUAUGUUGACGAGGCUCAUAGUAUUGGAGCUUUAGGACCAAAUGGCCGAGGUAUAUUCGAUUAUUAUAACUGCUGUCCAAAAGAUGUUGAUAUAUUAAUGGGCACAUUUAGUAAAUCAUUUGGUUCAGCUGGAGGGUAUAUAGCUGGCAGUCAAGAUUUAAUUGACUAUUUGAGAGUAAAUAGUCAUGCUUCAUGUUAUGCCACAUCUAUGGCACCACCUGUAGCUCAAGUAAUUAUAACAUCUAUGUCAAUGAUAAUGGGAAGAAAACAUGGAGAAGAGGGUAGAAAACGAAUUAUCCAACUAGCAAGUAAUGUGAAAUAUUUCAGAAGGAAACUUAAAGCCUUGGGUUGUAUAGUAUAUGGAAAUGACAACUCUCCUGUUAUUCCUAUGUUGGUGUAUAUGAUAUCUAAAGUUGGAGCAACAGUUAGAGAGUUCAAUAAAUUUAAUAUAGCUACGGUUGGUGUUGGUUUUCCAGCUACUCCAUUACUUGAAGGAAGAAUUCGUUUUUGUAUGUCAGCUGCUUUGUCAAAGGAACAACUUGAUGAAGUUCUGGAUGCCACGGAAAAAAUAAUGAAUAAACUGGGUUUGUGUUAUUCUAAAAAACCGAUUUCUAACAAAGAAAUACUAUACGAAAACCCAUAUUAAUUUAAAUACUUCUGUUUUUAUUUUUGUUUCAUAAAGUUAACUAAUUUUGUAUUGUGUACAUUUAAUUUUUGAAUAUUCACAUUUAAUACAAUUAAUAAAUAAACUAUAAUAAUACUCAGAGAACAAGACUUGUGUGACUAUGAUUUAGCAUGAUAUUAUGGUAUCUAAUGUUUAUUUACAUUUACAAUGUUUGUUUAACUUUAACGCAAAAUAAAUAAAAAUAUGAUUUGUAUUCUUA